AUGAAGGGUCCUUUACAGGAUGCUAGCCCUGUAGGCCUAGAAAGUGGGGCAAUCCCAGAUUCGAGCUUGACAGCUUCUAGUGAGUAUGACACCAACCACGGUUCGCGCCGAGGACGAUUAAACAUAGUUCAAGUCAGAGGCCUGUUCGGAGGAUGGUCUGCCAAAACAAAAGAUUUAAACCAAUGGAUUCAGCGGGUUGAUCUUUUAGCUACGUACAACAUCGUAGGAGUGGCAACGCAAGGUCGUCAGGACCAGUUCCAGUGGGUAUCCAGCUUCAAGAUUGCCUGCAGUAUGAAUAGUAUUACAUUUGAUACAGUGAAAGACCCGAAUAACACCGACAACGACAACAUCUUUGCCGGCAAUAGUGACCGAAACACCGUGAUUUACAAUCGCUUUCCCGUGCCAAUGUUGUGCCGAUAUGUUCGCCUGUUACCUUACACUUGGCGUAAACGUAUUUCUCUUCGUAUGGAGCUCUUUGGGAAACCCCUUGGUCCUAUCCAGGAUGCUAGCCCUGUAGGCCUAGAAAGUGGGGCAAUCCCAGAUUCGAGCUUGACAGCUUUUAGUGAGUGGGACGCCAACCACGGUCCGCGUCGAGGACGGUUAAACGUAGUUCAAGUCGGAGCCCUAUUCGGAGCAUGGACUGCCAAAACAAACGAUUUAAACCAAUGGAUUCAGGUUGAUCUUUUAGCUACGUACACCAUCGUAGGAAUGGCAACGCAAGGUCGUCAGGACCAGUUCCAGUGGGUAUCCAGCUUCAAGAUUGCCUGCAGUUUGAAUAGUAUUACCUUUGAUACAGUGAAAGACCCGAAUACCAUCGACAACGACAACAUCUUUGCCGGCAAUAGUGACCGAAACACCGUGAUUUACAAUCGCUUUCCCGUGCCAAUGUUGUGCCGAUAUGUUCGCCUGUUACCUUACACUUGGCGUGAACGUAUUUCUCUUCGUAUGGAGCUCUUUGGAGAACUUCUUCGUGAGUUUCAAUCACCUUCAUUCGUAUAA